AAGAAUCAAACACUCCAUACUCCAAACUUGUAAACAUAUACGUAUAUGCUUUGUUGGUCUCGUCUCUGCCCUGCAGCCGAAGGCGUAGCUCUUAUUCCUGCCAGGAAAGAAAAGGAAAUCCCCCAGAUCGAUCUAAUUCGACCAGCGCACGUACCACUAGCUGCCCAGCUAUGAAGGUUACUGCUAAGACCCGACAGUUGCUUCUCUUGGUGUUGGUGGCUUGCACUGCACAUGCCGCCAUCUGCAGCUCCUCCUCCUUGCAUGGAAACGAGACAGAUCGACUAUCACUGCUGGGAUUCAAAAAUGCAAUCAGUCUCGAUCCGCAGCAAGUCUUCAUGUCCUGGAAUGAUAGCACACACUUCUGCAACUGGGAAGGUGUCUUGUGCAGGACAAAGAAGACUCUACCACAUCGUGUCACUUCUCUAAACCUUACAAGCCGAGGUUUGGUAGGAGUAGGACACAUCUCUCCUACACUUGGGAACCUUUCAUUCUUGCACUCUCUAGCCCUGACGGAAAACUCACUUACCGGGGAGAUUCCACCCUCCCUUGGUCACUUGCGCCGCCUCCAAACCUUGCACUUGGAAAAUAACACACUGCAAGGUAGGAUACCGAGUUUUGCAAACUGCUCGAAGCUCAAGGAUCUGCGUUUUUCAUUUAACAAUCUAGUUGGCCAAUUUCCUGCUGAUUUGCCUCCUCGCCUUCAGCUGUUAAAACUUCCAGCUAAUAACCUCACUGGCACCAUCCCAGCUUCUCUUGCCAAUAUCACAACACUAAAAGUGAUUUCCUUUGCAUAUAAUCACUUCAAGGGAAAUAUCCCAAGUGAGUUUGCAGACUUGUCCAGCUUGCAGACCCUGUAUGUUGGUAUCAAUCAGCUCACAGGUAGGUUUCCCCAAGCCAUCUUGAAUCUUUCUACACUUGUCGGCCUUUCCCUUGCUCUCAAUGGUCUAAGUGGGGAGGUACCACCAAAUUUAUGUUCCUCACUUCCCAAUCUCCAGAUACUUCAAUUGGGAGCCAACUUGUUUCGAGGGCACAUUCCUAGUUCACUUGCUAAUGCUUCCAAUCUAAUCUUCAUUGAUUUGAGCCGAAACCACUUCACCGGAUCGGUGCCCAAGAUUGGCAAACUUACCAACCUCGCACAUUUGAAUCUUGAAAGAAAUCAACUCCAAGCACAUAGCAGGGAAGAUUGGGAGUUUUUGGACAGCUUAGGCAACUGUACGGAGCUACAAGUGUUCGGGAUGGGUUGGAAUCGUCUAUCAGGGCAGGUACCAAGUUCAUUAGGCAACCUUUCGAGUCAAAUCCAACGUCUAUACUUGAAUGAAAAUCAACUAUAGGGAGGUUUUCCUCCCGGCAUAGAAAACCAUCGCAACCUGUUUGUUUUAGCAUUGGAGGGGAAUCAUUUUACAGGUGUGCUUCCUGAGUGGAUUGGAAUUCUCAAACCUUUGGAACAAGUUCGUUUGAACACAAACUUCUUUACAGGGAUCAUUCCAUCAUCCUUGUCCAACUUGUCUCAAUUGGGAUUGCUCACUAUAUUCUCGAACCAGUUAACUGGCCAUAUACCACCAAGUUUUGGAAACUUUCCAAUGCUUCAAUAUUUGGACAUUUCCAGCAACAAUCUUGAUGGUAAGAUUCCAAUGGAGAUCUUCAAAAUACCAGCAAUAAAUAUAAUUAAUGUAUCUUUCAAUAACCUCCACGGACAACUUCCUACAAGCAUUGGGAAUGCUAAACAACUCAUAAAUUUUGCGUCUUCAUCAAACAAGCUAUCCGGAGAUAUUCCAAACAGUCUGGGUGAUUGUGAAAGUUUAGAAUACAUUGAAUUAGACUCAAAUAUUUUUAUUGGAAGCAUUCCCACUUCAUUAGGCCACAUAACCAGCCUCAAAGUUUUGAACUGUUCCACCAAUAACUUAACUGGGCCAAUACCAAUAACUCUUGGCAACCUACAAUAUCUUGAGAAAAUAGAUUUGUCAUUCAACAAUCUUAAAGGUGAGGUUCCAACAAAAGGUAUCUUCCGUAAUGCUACUGUUGUGUGGAUUGAUGGAAACAAGGGUCUUUGUGGUGGGGCACUGGAGUUACACAUGCCAGCAUGUUCUAUUAUGCCUUCAAGUUCAACUAGACACAAGAAAUAUUUAGUGCUCGAAGGAGUUAUACUAACAGCCAGUACGGUGUCACUUGCUAUUGUCAUAUUUGGCUUAAUUCUCUGGAGAGGAAAACACAAGAGAGAAUCUAUAUCUUUGCCUUCAUUUUCUACAACAUUUCCCAAAGUUCCUUUCAAUGAUCUAGCGAGAGCAACACAAGAAUUUUCAACAUCCAACUUAAUUGGCAACGGGAGGUAUAGUUCUGUAUACCAAGGAAAACUAUUUGAAGAAGAAAAUGAGGUUGCAGUAAAAGUCUUCAACCUCGAGACAAGAGGAGCACAAAAGAGCUUUUUUGCGGAAUGUAAUGCAUUGAAAAAUCUUCGGCACCGUAAUCUGGUCCCAAUUCGAACUGCAUGCUCAAGUAUUUAUUCUAAUGGUAUUGAUUUCAAGGCCCUAGUGUAUGAGUUCAUGCCACGAGGAGACUAACAUAAACUACUAUAUUCAACUAGAGACUCUGAAGGAUCUUCAAAGUUGAACCUUCUUACAAUGAC